AUGAACGGCAAUGAGCUGAGACCAUUGCGACGACAAAGGGAGCCGACAAUACAAGAAUUAUUUGCUCCACGUAUCAGAGAACGCGACUCAAUAUCACCUGACCAAGCUCUCAUACACAUGAUCAAAGUGAUGAUGGGUACAGGAAUGUUAUCAUUGCCACUAGCAUUCAAACACUCUGGACUUUGGCUGGGCUUAGUACUCCUGGCCGGAAUUUGUUUGAUAUGCAUAUUUUGUACACGACAACUCGUCUUUGCUCAACACUACAUCGGUUUCAUAAAGCUGCAACCACGGUUAGAUUACGCAAAUGUUAUGAGAUCAGCUGUAGAGCUUGGGCCACCUUGGAUAAGAGAUCAUGGAUAUUUUUGGAAGCAAGUGGUCAAUGUAAACAUGUUUUUGGCACAAUUUGGAUUCUGUUGCGUGUACUUUGUAUUCAUGGCUGACAAUCUGAAGCAGUUUUUCGACCAAACGUCGAAUAUCCACAUUUCUCAAGCAGGAUGGAUUGCUCUGUUACUUGUACCACUCAUGGCAUUGUGCACGAUUCGCGAGCUGAAGGCCUUGGCUCCACUAGCGGCAAUAGCCAACGUGGUUUAUCUGAUUGCUGUGUGCAUCGUUCUCGAACAAUUGUUCCAAAUUGAACGUCCAAGCUGGUCUUUACCAGCAGCUGCUGAUUGGUCUACACUACCCUUGUUCUUCGGCACUGUCAUGUUCGCAUUUGAAGGAGUAGCAGUGGUUCUUCCAAUAGAAAAUCAGAUGGAUGAACCGCUACAUUUUAUCACAAAUAAUGGCGUACUAAACACUUCAUGCUUCCUCGUAUUGAUACUGUACAUGACAGUAGGAUUUUUCGGAUACUUACGAUUUGGUAACGAGAUCAUGGACACACUAACGCUGAAUUUGCCGCAAACGAAUUUCUACCAAGUAAUAAAAUUGAUGUUCGUUGCCUGUAUACUCGUCUCCUAUCCUUUACAAUUUUACGUGCCGCUACAACGAAUUGAGAAGUGGAUAAAGCGCAAGGUAGCUGUAGAGCGUCAGGAAAAACUCAUUUAUGGUGCACGAAUGGCUGGUGUUAUCUGCACUUGCCUUGUUGCUGAACUCAUUCCGCAUUUGGCGCUAUUCAUCUCAUUAGUCGGUUCCGUAGCCGGCACCUCGCUAACGUUAGUGUUCCCGCCAAUGAUUGAAUUGCUGUGCUAUUACUCGAAAGACUCCCUCACACCAUGGAUUUGGAUACGAAACAUCUCCUUGAUGUUAUUCGCCGUAUUCGGAUUUGCCACCGGCACAUACGCCAGUGUUGUGCAGAUCGUCGAAGCCUUUGGCAAACCUGAUGUCUGAUCCAACAAAGAAAUACGCUCCUGGCUGAUUUGCAAAAUGUACAUAUUAAAUACUUACAGUUGUGUAAUCUCUGCGUGAUAGCCUGGUCGUUGAUUUAGGAAAAUCAACGACUAGGCUAUUACACAGAGAUUACACCUAAGCUUUGUUAUGUUGUCUCUCUGUUUUGUUGAAUAAAAAAAAUUGC